AUGGAUUUAUCGCAUCAUUUGGCAUUAUCUGCCGUGUUCAUCAUUAUCUUGUUUAUUAGCGAGAAAUUAUCCAGCUGGAUUCAUGCCCCAAAAAUUACUCGCCACGGGAUUGCACUCAGCAGGAAAGCCCCCGACACGCUACCAUUCCUCGGAAACGGCAUCAAAUUUAUCCAGCCUCGCCAGAAGCUGUUUGACUGGUUUACCAAGUGCAUCCAUCGACACGGCCGUGAAACACUCCUCAUUACUGUGCCCUCUUUACCCCCGGGUGUCAUCAUCUCCGACCCUGCGAAUCUCGAUUUUGUCUUCAAGAAUGAGCCCAUAUUUCAAAAAGGCGCAUUCUUCAAAGCAAGAUUGAACGAUCUGUUUGGAAAUGGAAUCGUCAAUUCUGAUGGCGACCAAUGGAAGAGGCAGAGAAAGGUUGGCGUACAGCUACUCGCUGGCGCAAACAUGAACAUCGUCACCAGCCAUGAGCUUCCUGCCAUCCUAGGGAAGACUAUCCAGCACCUUACUAAAAAGGCUGAUACUGCGGAGACGGUUGAUUUGGAUGCCAGUAUCCUGGAAAUCACCACACAACUUAUUAGCAAGAUGGUCUAUGGCGUUGAGCUGCAAAGUCAAGACAGCUUCACCCAAGCCUUUGACUACUCUGCUGGUGUUGUUUCUGAGCGCUUUCAGAACCCGCUGUGGCGCUUCACGGAAGUUUUCAGUGGCUCCCGGUUCCAAAGAGCUUUGAAGCUUAUAAAGACCCGAGGCGCGCAGCUCGUCUCGCAUUCUCUUGCAACGAAAGACUUUGACCCGUGCUUCGGAAGCGCAGAUCUGCGGGGAGCUUCGCAGGGUUUCUUGAAAGGUCUUCGAAGGGCUCUCGGUAGCGAUGACCUAGUCGCGGAAUCAGCGCUGAACUUCCUCUCCGCUGGCAGAGAUACCACCGCCCAGGCUUUAUCUUGGACCUUUUAUUUACUCAUGAAGCAUCCUCGUGUGGUGCGCAAAAUCAGAGAGCUAAUUGAGACUUCUUCCCGCCAUUCACCAUCGCAGUCGUCUCACGGCGAACCUUCCCAAGAGGCGGUCGCCUACAUUACUGCGGUGUUCUAUGAAACAAUCCGACUAUACCCCCCCAUUCCAUUUGAGAUCAAACAGGCGCAGUCCGAUGUUCUACUACCUGACGGAACUUUGCUUCCCAAUAAAUCAAUUGUGGUUUGGUGCACUUGGGCAAUGAAUCGUUCAAAAGACACCUGGGGAGAGGAUGCUGCUGAGUUUCGCCCAGAGAGAUGGCUUGUUGACGGACGGAUGCGAUACCGGGAAGCUGCUGAGUUUCCAGUCUUUCAGGGCGGACCGCGGCUUUGUCUGGGUAAAAAGAUGGCCGAAAUGGUUGCUGUGCAGGUGAUUCUGGAACUGGUCUCCUUGUUCAACUUUUCGCCUGCGUAUGAGGGUGAGAAGGUCAGUCGGAAUCAUUUGACACUGCCAAUGGAAGGGGGCCUCAAUGUGUACGUGAAGAAGUUGUAA